UAUUUUGCUUUUUAUUUGCAGGAACCAACUAGGCCUCAUUAUGGGAAUGUAGUAUGCGUAACACCCAUAGACUUGAGGCAAACAGGGGAAAAUCAUUUGAUAGUGGCUACACUUGUAGCAACUGUGGCCUUUACUGCUGGUUUCACGAUGCCCGGUGGAUAUAAUGGCAACGAUGGCCCAAACCAAGGCAUGGCGAUUCUAACAAGAGAAGCAGCUUUCAAAGCUUUUAUGGUAAUAGAUACCAUAGCCACGUCAUUAUCCAUUUCAGCAGUGCUCACCCACUUCUAUGCGGCUGGUAGUAACAAUGGGGAUGAAGUAGAGAAGCUAGUUCAUAGAGCUGCUUAUCUUACUAUUUAUGCUGCGAUGGCAAUGGUGUUGGCAUUCGUUACGGGGACAUAUGCUGUCUUAGCACAUUCAUCUGGCCUUGCUAUUUCCGUUUGUGUUAUCGGCUGCCUUCCCCUAUUAUAUUUCUUAAAUACCCGCAUCAUGGUACUGAGAGGGAGGUAUUGGUGAUAUGCCUCUGUUAAGGCAAUAGCUUGGAGGGACUUUUGGAGCGAGAGCUUCUUUCCUUUUGUUGUAUUCCUUUUUACGUAGCUAAGGGCUUAAAUUGUAUUGAACUAGGCUCACUUUUGUUGUAACUAAGCCAUGGCUUGGAAAGAUGUAAGCCUUUAGGGCAUAUAAUUAUUUGUUUAGUUUUCAGUUCUUUUAUCAUUGCAACACAUGCAGUAAAUUCAGGAUGAACUAUUUAUGAAUGUAUAUCGCAUGUGUCAACUUUUGUACAUCAACUCUGAUCAAUGAAAGCUUAUUAUUUAAUUCA